GCAAGCCGAACUCAGCCGAACUAAGCCGAAGAGGAUCGAUCGACGAGCAGCAUCCACCUGGAAAACUUGUGGGUUUUUUUUUUCUUUAAAAAAUUACACAAGAAAGAGAUCUUACAGACAUGAAUGUGCCCCACGUGCAACACUUGGCUCUUUUUUGUUUGUUCUGCUUUGGAUACUGGAGCUCCACAGAUGCUCGCCCUUACAACGGAUGGGAAGAUGACAUUCUGUUCAGAAAGCUCAGAGGAGUCCCCAGUGAAGACGACAGCCUAUCAUCAUGGAGACGUGACGAGCAGCAAGUCCAGAAUCUUUUCAAAAGAUUCCUCUUUCAUUACUCCAAAGCGAAGACCUCUGCUGGCCCGGAGAAGAACACGUCCAACUCUGUUCACCCUCUGCUGCGACUCUCACCCAAACUGUCCCAAAGGAGGAAGAAGACGUUGGUGCUGCUGGUGAGGACAAUCUAAGCAGGACCACAGAGUGACUCAACGACCAAAAAAAAAAAAAAGAAGUCCUGGGUGAACGGCAGCAAAAGGUCAGCUGCCUUACCGCUAGUCUCCCGAGACAUUAAAAAUUGACGUCACGUUCCGGGCAGAUCUGCGCCGCACUCGAUGCUUGUGAACGUGACUCAAAGUGUUGUUAGUGUGGCGCUGCUGGACCUUCAACACACAUUAAAAACUCGCACAAUCACCCUUUUGUUGGCUUUUUUACGGCUCACCACCAACAGCGGUCACACUGAAAGGGUAUUCAAACGCACACUUCCUGCCACAAAAUCAAUAGUGAUAUCACAAAUUCUGCCUGUACAAGCGUGAUGAGGCUGACUUUUAGAAUGAAUUGAACAGUUUUGUGGGUUACUUUGUUAGAUAGGAAUAAUACGAUCAGUCGGUGAAGCUAUGAUACAAAUAAGAAGUUUAAUGUAUUUUUACUUGUUUCCCGGGCGGAGGCUUGGCAGUCCAAUAAGGAGGUCUCCCGUGGCGACAAGAACGUAUGAAAUGCGUGUGAUUUCAGAAGGUGGCGGCGAAGCUCGUCCGGCGCUCCCCCAUCAGUCCUCGUCCUCAGAGUCACUGUCCUUGCAAGUGGGGAGCGAGGACCUGAUGGAUGACAUAAGCUUGUCCUCAAUUUGCUUCCUGGGGUUCUCCUCCAGGUCGGUCUUCACGGCUCCAGUCUCUGAUAACCUCCAUUCCAGUUCUGGUGGCGACAGGACAGGACAGGACGUGACGUGACGUGACGGGUGGGGUGGGAUGACGGACUGGAAGCGGAGGUCACGUCAUAUUUGGGGUUGGAGGGGAUAAUUGGUUUUACAAGAUCCAAACACUUGGUGCUGGCUCUAUAUGUUGAAUAAAUAAUUAGGCAUGAAUGACUGGACGGCUGGUAACAACGCCCCCUGCUGACCAUUUGGAAGAAUGGCUCUUAUGAAUCAAUGAAGAGUUAAAAUUAAUUAGUCAAUGCUCUACAAUUUUAAACGCAACUAUAAAUAAAUAGCGACUGCCAAAAUUACAAAGCGAUGUCAGGUCACUAAAAUAAAAAUUAAAUAAACACAUUUUUGGAAAGUUUAAUUAGAUUAAGAUCAGAUCAAAAGAAGUGACUUUUUUUGUUUAGUUAAUUUUCAGUUUGAAUGUAAUAAUGACAUCUACGUCCACUUCAGUAUUGGUCUUUUUCCACUAAAUGGCUUUCUUCAGGCUUCUGAUUGGCUAAAAUGGUCUUACAGUUAGGGGUUAGGGCCCUGUCACACCUUGACGAUUUAACCAGCGCAUGCCCAACAUGAUCAUUUUGAUGGCAUAUGUUGAACUGUGGAUGUUUUUUCAAUUGUGGUCGUAUACAUAGCAUAUUCAUAACGAGUUUGACGUAUACAUGACGUAUUAGUAACAUAUAGAACGUUUCUAUAACUUAUAGACAACUUAUACCAACGAAUGCGUAGCGUGUUGCCGGCGUUCACAACUGAUGCACAACACCAAUCUAACAUACACAAACCGCACGGCAGCGUAUGGCCAACGAUCACGUGCUGUAGCCUAUAAAAAGGCUGCCACCACUGAUCUAAAAAAAGACUGGAUCGAGUUUCUAUUGUUUUAUUUUUGAAGCCAAUGGAAAUUUGCGGCGGCCAUCUUGGUGAGACCACUUUGCUGUGAGACAACAGUAUGGCAACGCACUGGUAAAACUUCGAUUGAUCGUAUAGCCACCAAAAUCAACUGCUAAAGGUUAUAACUACUCAGAUUUAUACGCUUUUGUGUCAUUUAUCAAGCUAGUAAGAUGUAUUUUAGCUUCGAGACGGACGAAAAAUUGGCUGUGUGGCAGCCUGCAAACAUUGUUUACGUACGGAAUUACGUACGGAACGUACACCCAUCAAAGUUCAUACUUUAACUUUUGGUUACAUUUCGAGAACUUUUCAAAGCAAAGCCGUUCAAGUAGUGGCACAUAUAUCAGGUCAAAAAAAGGUGCCAAGUAAAAGUACUUACGAGUGGAAGGUUCUUGGGAAGUGCUUUUUAAGUUGUGUUUCCUCAUCCUCGCUUCCUUCACUGGCACUCCUGAUGUUUUUGAUGAUUUUUCACUAAUUCUGCGUUCGUAUACCAGCACAAUCACAAAGCUGUGGCGCGUAAGGUGGUCUCACCAAGAUGGCGGCGAUCGAAAAAAUCUGGCUUCAAAUUUUGGCACGUGAAAACAAUAGGUUGCUCGAUCCAGUCUUUUUUUUAGAUCAGUGGCUGCCAUCUGAUGACUCACCUCACUAGACAUCGCAGUGUCAACAUCACCAUCAUGCCGAAGACAAUUUCCAAGACCGCUGCCAAGAAGUAUCAGGGCAGAGGGAUCCAUCACCACCCACAGCCUCCCCCUCCCACUCCCACUCUGAUGGAGAUGAUGCAGGUUGUAACCCAUCUUCCCCUCCUGUUAGUUCCAUUCCCCAAAGUUGUUUGAGUAUUAUUAAAGUGUUGCACUGUGCAAUAACACUUGAAGGAAAACGUUUAUCAUUGUUCAUUGCUGGGGUGUGGUGUCAUUAUGAUGGAUCAUGUUUUUCACGGCUGUCUUCUAUACUCAUUUGUAUAUACAGUACAGUCAAACCUGUCUUAGCGGCCACCUUUAUAGAACGGCCACCUGCCUAUAGCGGCCACUUACUUCUUUGGAGAUUGUUGCAGACAGUGACACCAUUUAUUUCCUGGUGUGAGACAAUGUGCACUGGUCAAUACUGUAAUGCCGCUUGUUGUGGGGAAGGAGAGACUCACGUCGCCGAUGCACUUUAAUGGCUUUAUUAACAGCGGUUUAUUAACCUAGUAGCUCUUUACAACUUUUAUCCGCAGUCCCACAGUGCCCUCUACUGGUCAACAUGUAACAGUAUAAUUAUAUGUAUCUGCAAACACAACAAGCUUCUAAUCACAGACAUGUUAAUAUGUGCGCGCACAAAUUCAAAAUGGCCACCAACCUGUCUAUAACGGCCACCUGCCUGUAGCGGCCACUUUUUCCAUUUCCCUUUAGUGGCCGCUAUAGACAGGUUUGACUGUAGUUCUAUUUUUUCCAGCAAACGCUAACUUGGACAGUAACAUGCUGUAUCUCUCCAUUCUUUUUGAAUGUAAAUACUCCUAUGCGCUUUACUAUGUUGACGUGAUCAAUAAUGCUUGAUUAAAACGUGCAUUGUUUCUCUCUGCCAAAGAGCAAAAAAAAAAAAAAAAAGUUAGUUCCAUUCCCAGUGUCACAGUGCCCGAGACUGGUCAACAUGUAGCAGUAUAAACAUGGACUAUAAACAACACAACAACAUGCACAUCUGCUCACCAUGGAUUCUUGAGGAGUUCUGAUGGGUUCCUCCUGCGAACCCCAUUUUUGUACUCCAAUUCCCCUAAACGCUGCCAACAUGCCAUCAUACGGUAGGUCAACGUUAGCAGCACGUUCAAUUAAGUUCUGGGGUUGUUCGGGACGCGUCAAAUACGUCUAAAUAUGUCAAGUGCCUUAGAGGUACGUUUGAUAUAAGUUACAUAUAGGUUCAAAGCACGUUAAUCAUAGGUUGAACAAGCGUCUUUGGUACUACGACUACGACGUAUGCUGGCGUGCUUCAGCGUGCUCUUAACUUAUACAAAACUUACCCGUUACUUAUUCGACGUACGCCAGCGUAUUGGCCAAAUUUUUCAUACGUUGGCGCAAGCUGGCUAAAUCGUCAAGGUGUGACAGGGCUUUACAGCGACGCUUGUUGCUUCGGCAUGCCCUGGACAGCCAGCAAACGUGUUUUCAGAAAGAACAGGGAGUAGAUUGAGUGCAGAUUGGAUUUUUCCCCCAAUUCUUCUCUUCAAUUCUUUUCUUUUUUCUUUAAAUCAUAAAGAAAAAUACUUAAAAUAUACCUGCAAACUAUUUUAAAUAUAUUUGAAAGAUAUUUAAAAUAUACUUAAUAUAUCAACAUUAUGCGAAAAAUUAUUUUAAAAAUACUUGAAAAUGGCCGCACGGUGGUCUAGUGGUUAGCACCUUGGCCAAUACAGGAACAGCCUGGAGAUCGGGAAGACCUGGGUUCGAUUCUCCCCUGGGCAUUUCUGUGUGGAGUUUGCAUGUUCUCCCCGUGUGCGCGUGGGUUUUCUCCGGGCACUCCGGCUUCCUCCCACAUUCCCAAAAAAAAACAUGCAGGUGAGGUUAAUUGGCGACUCUAAAUUGUCCAUAGGUAUGAAUGUGAGUGUGAAUGGUUGUUUGUCUGUAUGUGCCCUGCGAUUGGCUGGCGACCGGUCCAGGGUGUACCCCGCCUGUCGCCCGAAGUCGGCUGGGAUAGGCUCCAGCAUGCCCCCGCGACCCUAGUGAGGAUGAAGCGGUAUAGAAAAUGGAUGGAUGGAUGGAAUACUUGAAAAUAAUAUUUGAAAAAAUAUGAAAAAAAAAUUGAAAAAAGUUAAGGCAGUCAAUUUACAGUUUUUAAAUGAAUUAAUCAUGAUUAAUCAUCAUUAGCAACUGUCUGAAAUAUGCCCAUUUUUACUGUAUUUAAUGAACAGAAAGUUAAAAGACAGGACAGGAUGAUAUAUAUUUGUAUGUAUUAACAGCUCCGAAUAAACUGAAUAUGUCAGCCAAGCCAAAAGAUACCACACCAGCCUAAAAAUCUAUCUGUCUAACACUAGUCUCUUUAAUACAAGUAGUAGCACAACAUUUGAAUCGCACUUUAAACGUGUUAUUAUGGGCAAUGAGCGGUUGAGUUCAAAGACAUCACGUAAUUAAAAGGUACAUUGACAUGUUUUCAGUGUGUCCAGCAUAUUUAAAUGUAGCAAAUUGUACAUCCAAAGUAAGAGUUUCAAAGUGAGUGGUAAGAAUAUCCACUUCACGCUUUUCUCUAUCGUCCUGUUUGUUUACUUACACACACACACACACACAUAAUAAAGCCGUUUUUGGGAUGUUCGGAGCUUCCCUGAAUGCUUGCGGUCUUGUAAUGACAAUGAGGAACUGUCAUACAGUAUGUGGUGGUGGAAUUGUACUGCUGUUGAUGUGUUCAGGUCAGAAUGAAGUUAGAAAACAGCGUCAGCCUCCGUGUGACUGUGUGGGGAAGCACAUGCAGAACUUCCUCUGCCGUCAUAACAGAGUGGCGGCUUGCUCUGGUGCGCAUGCGUUAUCCAUCCAUCCAUUUUCUAUAUCGCUUCUCUUUAGGGUCGCGGGGGCAUGCUGGAGCCUAUCCCAGCUGACUUAGGGCGAGAGGCGGGGUACACCCUGGACUUGUCGCCAGCCAAUGGCAGUGCACAUAUAGACAAACACACUCACAUUCAUACCUAUGGGUGCAUGGCUCAGAUGAAGGGUACCCUUUGCUGUCUUCAACUUCACUUGAGUAGUAUGUGAAAUUGUUGUUCUAACAAUGUGUACUAUCCCUAUCACUCUGACGUUUAUAGAGGGAGGAAGCUUACCAAACCAUAAAUGAAGCCUGCUCAUGUUUUUAUUUUGCGCUAGCACGGCUAUGUUGUAAAAAAGUGUCUAUAUUUGGAUAUUGAAAUGUUUCAUGUAAAGCAUGUCUACUUUUGU